CCUCGGGAAUAAUGCCCUUUUGCCACAAUAUAAUUAAUACUUCCUGUGUGAGAAACAACUGGUCGAAUGACGUCCGUGCUUCCCUGUACAGUUUAAUGGUGCUCAUAAUUCUGACCACACUGGUUGGCAAUCUGAUAGUUAUUAUUUCCAUAUCACACUUCAAGCAACUUCAUACACCAACUAAUUGGCUCAUUCAUUCCAUGGCCUCCGUGGACUUUCUGCUGGGGUGCCUGGUCAUGCCAUACAGCAUGGUGAGAUCUGUGGAGCACUGCUGGUAUUUUGGAGAAGUCUUCUGUAAAAUUCACACCAGCACUGAUAUUAUGCUGAGCUCAGCCUCCAUUUUCCACUUGUCCUUUAUCUCCAUUGACCGCUAUUAUGCCGUGUGUGACCCGUUGAGAUACAAAGCCAGGAUCAAUAUCUUGGUUAUUUUUGUGAUGAUCUUCAUUAGUUGGAGUGUCCCUGCUGUUUUUGCAUUCGGAAUGAUCUUUCUGGAACUAAACUUCAAAGGAGUGGAAGAGAUGCGUUUCAAACACGCUUACUGCUAUGGGAGCUGCUCUGUCUUCUUUAGUAAAAUAUCUGGAGUACUGGCCUUUAUGACUUCUUUCUAUAUCCCUGGAUCUAUUAUGCUAUGUAUCUAUUAUAGAAUAUAUUUCAUAGCCAAAGGGCAAGCAAGGUCAAUUAAUAAUGUGAAUCAGAAGCUUCAAAUUGGGAUGGAAAGGAAAAAUGGAAUUUCACGAAGCAAAGAAAGAAAAGCUGCAAAGACAUUGGGGAUUGUGAUGGGAGUUUUCCUACUAUGCUGGUGUCCCUUCUUUGUCUGUACAGUCAUGGAUCCUUUCUUGGACUACACUAUUCCACCCACCUUGAACGAUACAUUGAUUUGGUUUGGCUACUUGAACUCUACGUUUAAUCCAAUGGUUUAUGCAUUUUUCUAUCCUUGGUUUAGAAAAGCACUGAAGAUGAUUCUAUUUGGUAAAAUUUUUCAAAAAGAUUCAUCUAAGUGUAAAUUAUUUUUAGAAUAA